GCGCAUGUCAGGAAUGGUUGUUGUCAGUGGUGGUUAUGGAGAUGAGAUGGAACUACGAGCUGUCAACAAGACGGUGAAAUUGCUGGACCUGCGGAAGCUCCAUGGUCAGUGCCGAAGUCGAGUCCUGCAGGUUCGAGCCCAGGUUGUGUCAAGAAGGGCAUCUGGCGUAGAACAAUUGCCAAAUCUUUCAAGCGAGUUUGCUCGCUGUGGCGACUCCUGAAGAAGGGAGAAACUAAAAGAACAACUUCCUUGGUUUGAAUUUGUCAUGUGUGUCCACCAGAGGAAUGCCUAAGAAGUUAGGAUUUAUUGUGGUCAGCUCUUCAAGUCAUGAAGACAACUUCAGUGCCGAGGAGCUCAUGGUCCACGCACCCACAGUCAACGGCUGGAGGUCCAACAGGCUGUGUUCCUAUCCUCAGCACAUCACCCUCCAGCUGGUGGAGAGAAGUAGGAUAAGGAAGCUGCAGCUUCUGGCUCACCAGUACCUGAUCCCAGCAAAGGUUGAAUUUCAUAUUGGCGACAGCCUUCCUGAAACCAGCCCUUCAAGGUCCUCUGGGCAGCUUCAGAGACUCGGGUAUGUGUCCCUGUCAAAUAACGAGAAGACAGGUUUUAAAGCGCGGGAGCUGAAGUCAGUCCAUGUGGAUGCCAUCGGAAUGUACCUGAGAGUAACCUUCCACAGGAACCAUAACAAUCGUUACAAUCACUACAAUCAGGUUGCUUUGGUUGCCAUUAAUCUUCUGGGAGAUUCUUUGGAUGGCAGUUUUUUUAACACAACACCAAGCAGAGAGCAGCUGAUUGAACACUACCUCAACAGUACCCAGCAGGAAGCCGCCUUGGACACCACUUUCAUGGGAAAAUGUGAGCCCGUCUCCCCCUUCGAUGACUUGGCCUUCGGUAUGUACCAGGACCCCGAGGUUGCUCACAUCAUUCGUCUCCUGGACCAAAAGAAGCAGGAGGUGGUUCGACAGGAGAACUUUGAGGAGGCUAAGACUCUGAAACAGGCCAUAGCAGAUCUGCAGAAGGUUGGAGAGCGUUUGGCUUGUUACGAUGUGGAAAAGCGAUGUGCCAUUGAGAAGGAGGACUAUGACUUGGCUAAGAAGAAGAAGGAGCUGAUGGACGAGUACAGGAGAACUGUUUACCAGCAACUUGAGGUCCACAACCUUCUGGAUGUGACAAUGAUCACCAGUGCAGCAGGUUCGUCCCCAGCCCAGUGUCCUCCUCCGCUUCUGCCUUCUCCAGGACGUCGCCCUGUUCCCGCCAAGUCUCUGUUAUCUACAGACACAUGCAGGAAAGGGAAAAAAACAAGCUCUCAUCAGCAUCAGCAGCCAACCAAACAGACUGUUGCUUUUAAACCCAGCAGCCUACCUGACAUACCGUCCAACCCUGCUGCUGUACCCAAAAUAGAUCUUACCAGUUUGCCCUAUGACGAGAGGCCGCUGCCAGCCUUUCAGAGAAAAGAUCUGCCAGCUGAGAGCAUCCAGAGUCCAGCAGCAGAACAUUCCCCUAAAUCUGACGUUCAAAAGACCCCUCAAGGAGCAGAAAUGGGCGGAGAGCCAGAACCUUUGACAGAGAAAGCCCAGAGAGAAGCUGGCCUUCCAGUAGAGGUGUAUGGAGAGAGCUUAGUUGCCAGAGCGUAUUCUAAAACCUGGUCCCACAGAGAAGAUGCCCUGCUGACUGUGCACAACAGGCUGCUGGAAGUAUCUCCAUCAGCCCCCAAGGAGGAGCUGAGAAACAUGAUAAGAGCUGCAGUCUUCCUGGUCAAGAAGGCCCUGCUGGAUAAGGUUACAUGUGUUUUCCAUGCAUCACUGAAGCUACUUGGGCUGGUGCUGAGUCAGCUGAUUCCAAGUCUGGGUCUGGGCCAGGCUGAGGUAACUCACUGCCUGGAGCAGACAUUUCCCAACUUGCUGGCCAGAGCCGGAGACUCCGCUAACCGCCUGAGGGCUGCAGCCAUCACCUUUAUCCAGGAAACAGCCGUUUUGAAGGAUGUCCGGGCCUCGCAGAUAAUCCCCAGUGAACUGGUGAAGCCUUUCAAAUCCAAUUUCCCCUCUCGCCUGGCUCAGAGUCGGGCCGAGCUGAUCGAGAAACUACUACAGGACCUGGGCACAGAGAACUCUGGCUUCACCCUGGAGAAUGUCAUCAUGUUUUGUACAGGUGCAUUGGAGCACAUUGCCAAAGAGGUUCGGGAGCUGGCAGUGCGCAUCAUCUUGUUCUUGUAUCAGCAGCACAGGACCGCUGUUCUCAGCUACCUGCCACCAAACACCGCCACCGCACGAAAGAACUUUCUCUACAAAACCCUUUUCGAAGGCUUUGCUAAGAUCGAUGGCAAGCCUGUGGAAGCUCAGACUUUGAAGAAGGGUGCUAAGAGUGGACAAAAGGAGAAGGGCGAAAUCCACUCCCUCCAGGAGCAGCUGGCUGUCCUGAAAGACAUCACAGAAAAAGAGAAUGAAAGCACAAAAGGACAAACUCCCAAAAAGGAACAACGCAAAGUUGAUAAAGAGUCUCUAAAAGGUGCCAGAGCACGUGUCCCCAAAGGGCCACAGAGGAAAACUGCUGAUAGUGUAGAAGAUGUACAACACUCUAUCAAAUAUCUGGACAACUUGUGUAUAUUCUGCGGUAAAGAAGAUGAGUCAUUCACUGAAGACGGAUUGGACAUUCACUACUGGAAACAGUGUCCGAUGCUGCGGCGCUGCGACGAAUGCCGACAGGUAGUUGAGAUAGCCAGCUUCACAGAACACCUGCUGGGCGAGUGUGAAAACAGGUCCAAGUUCAGCCAGUGUUCCCGCUGCUCGGAGGCUGUGAACGCACAAGAUCUGACCUGUCAUGUUCAGGGGCCAAGCUGUAAUCCCCUGGAUGUGAGAAAUGGCUCCACGUUAAACCACUGCCCUUUGUGUCACAGCAACUUCCCCCCUGGAGAGGAGGCCUGGAAGGCUCACCUCAUGGGCAGAGACGGCUGUAAACAAAACUCACGGAGGACUGCGCUAGCCCAGAAAACCCAGCCAGCACAAGGCAGGGCUGUGGCCGAAACAAAGCUGAAGCAGACGUGGUCGGUCGGGGCCAGACCCAGAGCCAGGCCCACAGGCAGAGGCAGUCGGAUCCCGGCUCUGACGCCCUUGGCGAGGAAGUAUACACCAGGGAAGCGCUGACCUUCCAACACAGGGAGUUAACAUUCUCACACAAACCCCACAUUUUAAAUUAAAAACAGGGACGUGCGCUGGUUUUAUCAGCUCAAAGGCAAACUGGUCAUCAAACUGAUUCCAGUACUGAGACUCUGUAAACUCAGUUGCUGCGUCAAUGACAGAGACUUCAUUUGUUUAAAGACAAGACGUGACUCAGUCUGGUCAUACAUCUGCCUCUAGUGUCACACACCUGUUGGACCUGUAAACUCGAGCUCAGUGUGCUCAGUUUAAUGAGAUCUCAUUACAAAGUCUCUUCAGGAUCCUAAUGCUCACUGCCAUUUGAAGCCUCUGUAAAGAGAGGAUUUAUAGUUUUUAACGUCUGGGUUUUUUUUUUUUGUGUGUUUCUGUUAAAUUCAAGUCUCAUGGAAUAGAAAGAUACUUAGAUUGUGUUACAUAUAAUUGAUUUAAAAGUAAAACCUUGACGAUUUGCUGGUUUCCAGCUCCUGGUAUUGUCAAAACUCAUAUAAGCUUAUUGCUGCAUCUUUACAGUUCAACUUGUUUGUUUUGUCAAUACCCACAUGUUCCUUCCAAAGUACAGGCUCUCUGUUGGAAGUUCCCCAUCUCCAAGCUGAAACAACACUCAACUGCAUCCCCCUGACAUCAUCAAGGCUAUUUGUUUUCAUAAGAUAAUUAGUGACUCUUAUUUUCUUUAAAGUACUGCACACAUCUAAUUUAGCUAUUUUUUGUUCAUAAAAGUACCUCCGUUAAAGACGUUUCUCCAUGUGUUGAGCUGAUAAUAAAGCUUCUCACUGAUAUUCAGAGGAAUAUAGAGAAAUAUGAAACCAGUCGUCAUUUUUUUUGUUAGAAAACAAUAAGUGUUGCUUCAAUAACCUCUCUCUGUGUAUCGUCACCAAUGAGAGACAGGAUGAGGUCGAGGUUCGGUUACGAGCGACCUUCACUCCAUGGCGACCGUGGAGACAAUUCUUCAGUCUAAAGCCAUUAACAGUCUGGUGAAGCUUUAUUGUCCCCCUUUCUCCUCACGUUUCCCUUUUUUUUUUUUACUGCGUGUCUAGAGCUGCGUGCAGGGGUUGAAGAAGCACCUCGCCAGAAAGAAAGUUGUUAAACUGCUGAAAUUUAACUACAGUAUUUAUUUUCCUGCCCAAUGACAAUCUUGAGUAAACCUUGAGAGAAAAAAAAAAUCUUUCAGGUGAAAAGAUGGUUUAAAAGACGAAAAAAAACAAAAACGGACCCAACUAUUUUAUCAUAAUUACCUAUUAUUUUAUUCAAACAUCUAACCAGGAAGUGACGGAAUGAAUGUGCUGAUCUGAUCGUAAAAAUCCGAGGGUUUUACGAAUUGUAACUUUUGCACUUCUUGUAGCUGCUCCUCAGAAUAAACAAUAGCUGUAUCAAAUUAAAGGCUGACACAGUCAAAUGUAAUUGCUAGUAUAUGGUUUCUAACUUUAUGGUGAUUUUCUGUACACAGAAUAUGGCAACGCUUGAUAUUUAAUGGUGCUUUUUGUGCACUGUAGUCAGUAUUUUUUGAACAAAAACUUUGGCACUUCUUGGCUGUUUUUUCCUUGCAAAUGUAUUUUGUAUUUGUUAAAUAAAGUUGUAUUCAGAUGAAGAA